CUGCAGUCUACAGCUUUACAACAGUCCUCUCUCCUCGUGUCCUCUCGUGACCAGCAGACAGUCAGCCAUCAUGUACCAGAGCCGCAGCAUCAUCUCCGGCCCGGCCACAAUUAGACAGAGCCGCAGCUAUGUUUCAAGUUCUCUUCCCCACAAGGCUCAAAGUAUGUCAGGAUUCAACACCAGAUCCUCUCGCAUCUCUUCUUCCCAGGGGCGCAACCUCUCCGCCGGGUUUUCAGGUGGCUACAACUUUGACCUGUCCAACGCCCUGGACUCCAACGUGCAACCGAACGAGAAGGCCACCAUGCAGAACCUGAACGACCGUCUGGCCACCUACCUGGAUAAGGUCCGCUCUCUGGAGGCAGCCAACAACAAGCUGGAGAUCCAGAUCAGAGAAUACUACGAGCAGAAGGGGCCUGCAGCAGAGAGGGACCACAGCAACUACUGGGCCAUCAUCAAUGACCUGAAGGACAAGAUCGCUGGUGCCACCAUCGGAAACGCCAACAUCCUGCUCCAGAUUGACAACUCCAAACUGGCUGCUGAUGACUUCAGGACCAAAUUCGAGCAUGAGCUGAUGAUGCGCCAGUCCGUCGAGGCUGACAUCGGAAACCUUCGCCGCCUGCUUGACCAGACCACCCUGACCAAGGCCGACUUAGAGAUGCAGAUCGAGAGCCUGCAGGAUGAGCUAGCCUAUCUCAAGAGGAAUCACGCAGAGGAGCUGGAAGCGAUGCGCUCUCAGCUUAGCGGAACCAUCAACGUGGAGGUCGAUGCCGCACCCCAGCAGGACCUCAACAAAGUCAUGGAUGAGAUCCGUGCCCAGUACGAAGCCAUCACUGACAAACACCGUCGCGACCAGGAGUCCUGGUUUACUGAGAAGUCUGCAACCCUGACCAAGGAGGUGGCCAUGAGCACAGAAUCAAUCCAGACGUCCAAGACAGAGAUCAAUGACCUGCGGCGCACACUGCAGGGCCUGGAGAUCGAGCUGCAGUCUCAGCUCAGCAUGAAAGGGGCGCUGGAGAACACGUUAGCAGAGACAGAUCAUCGUUACGGCGCCAUGCUCUCGGGCUACCAGAACACAAUCAACAUGCUUGAGGGCGAGCUUGGCAACGUGCGCAGCAGCAUCGAGCAGCAGGGUCAGGAAUACAAGAUGCUGCUGGACAUCAAGACCAGGCUGGAGCAGGAGAUCGCCACCUACAGGAGCCUGCUGGAAGGAGAAGAGUCCAGACCCGCUACAGGAGGGAGCUCAAAGACCACAGUGACCACCACUGUGCGCAGUUCCAGCUAGAAGGUCCAUCUGGCAGGACAAGCUGUUCUCCGAAACGCACACACACGCACACACACUCACUGACUAAUUAAAGUUGUAACACAAAAUGAAACUGUACCUGAAAAAAACUGAGAAAUGUUGAGAGAGAGAAAGAGAAGCCUGUGUCAAAGUUUAAGCAUGAAACAUCUGAAGUUGAGAAGAAGAACUACAUGACGUACUGUGUGUGCUUGUGUGUGUGUGACUGAAAAAAUAAAUCUGCUGGUGAACAUGAAA